AUACAUCCUGUUUAGCCCAUCUACAAUUAACUACAUAAGUUAAUAAAAUGUGGAUAAGGGGACUUUUCCACUUUUCCGUGAAAGAUACUAUACCUACAUUAUACCCGUCCUCACCCGUUGACCACGCCACAAUAUAGAUAUAUCAGAAGUAUGUGUCCUAAGUGCAAAUAUCCUCACCCAAUUGUAUUAUAAGAUAACUUUUGUAUUUUUUGGUAUAUAUUUUGUGAUAUUUAUUUAUACGACUCAUUAUUGUUAUUAAAGUUAAAACACUUAUUACAAUGAUUUUUCUUGAGAUCAACAAUCGAAUAUUAGAAGAAACGUUGCAAUCGAAAAUCAAAAAUUCUCUUUCAGGCCAUAAACAAGAGUCAACAGAUGUUACCAUUGUCGAUUUCGAUGGAGCCAUUUUCCAUGUUUCUAAUCCAAAUGGUGAAAAGACAAAACUCAGGAUUAGCAUCCUACUUAAGUUUUACGAGCAAUUACGAGAACAUGAUGUGGAUGAACUACUUAAAAAAGAAUAUGGGUCUCAUCUCGUAGAUACAGAGGCUGGCUAUGAUGUUUCAGUACAAAUUGAUUUAAAGAAUUUACCCGAAAAUUGGGAGGUAAUUAUCAAAAAAAUUGGGUUACUCAAACGACAUUGCUUUGCCAGUAUUUUUGAAAAGUAUUUUGAUUUUCAAGAACAAUAUAAUGAUUCGUUAGAUAAGCAACUUCCAAAAAAAGCUGUUAUACACUAUCGUGAUCAGGAAACGAUAUAUAUUGAAGCUAAAAGUGAUCGUGUCACAGUAGUUUUUAGCACAAUAUUCAAAGACGAGGAUGAUAUGGUAAUUGGAAAAAUGUUUUUACAAGAACUUAAAGAAGGCAGAAGAGCAAGCCAUACAGCUCCUCAAGUGCUAUUUAGCCAUCGAGAACCGCCUUUGGAACUUCAAGAAUGUAAUGCUGCUGUUGGUGAUAGUAUCGGAUAUAUAACAUUUGUUUUAUUUCCACGGCACACAAAUGGUGAAGCUAGGGCUAAUACGAUUGAUUUAAUUCAUAUGUUUCGUAAUUAUCUGCAUUAUCACAUAAAAUGCAGUAAAGUUUAUAUUCAUUCGAGAAUGCGAACAAAAACUUCUGAUUUUCUUAAAGUUUUAAAUCGCGCUCGAUCACAAUCAAAAAAUACGGAAAAGAAAACAAUAACAGGUCGAACUUUUGUCAGAAAAGAAUAAAUAUUUCAAUACUGUUUUAAUGAUUUUUACGAAAAGCCAAUGAAGUCAAUGAGUGGACGAUUUUAUCUGUUAUCCAAAUAAUCAAUAUAAGAGUGUACGCAGUUUCACAUUUAUUUACAAAUUAUAAUAAAAUAAAUAAAAAUUUCAUAACUAAAAAAAUUAAUGGUUUUCA